AUAUGGUUUUCAAAGAAAUUGUUGAAAUUAUAAGGCAAAUGAUGCCCCAGUUGAUAUCUUGGCCAGUGAAUCAUCAACAAGCUAUAAAUGUAUUUCGAGAAAGAUCCCAUGGAUUUCCUGGUGUUGUAGGAGCUAUUGAUGGAUGUCACAUCCCAAUAAAACAACCAAAAAACAAUGCCACCGAUUACUACAACAGAAAAGAAUUCCAUUCGAUAAUUUUGCAAGGUGUCUGCGAUCAUCGAAUGGCUUUCAUUGAUGUAUUUAUUGGGAUGCCAGGGAGAGUACAUGACGCAAGAGUGUUCAGAUCUAGCGACAUCUAUCAGAAAUUGAUAAAUGCAAAUAACCCCUUAUUGUCUAGAGAUAUGCAUUUGCUUGGCGAUUCUGCUUACCCUCUGAUGACAAAUUUACUGACACCAUAUAGGGACAAUGGCCAUUUGAAUGAUAUUCAAAAUAACUACAAUUAUAGAAUGAACUCCAUUCGUUCAGUAAUCGAAAGAACAUUUGGGCGAUUGAAAGGAAAAUUUCGACGUUUGAAGUAUUUAGAUAUAGGAGAUCCUGAUUUUGGAACACACAUAAUCAGUGCUGCAUGUGUUCUUCACAAUUUUUUAAUACUGAAUGAAGUGGAAGAAGAUCCUCAAGAAGUACUAGAAGAGGAUCUACCACUACCAAACCCAGAAGGGGACGUUGCAGAUGAGGGUGGAAAUGACAAAAGGGAUAACAUCGCAAAUAUGUUAUUAUAAAUAUUUUAUUUAGAAAAUACAUUAUUGUUUUUUUGAAGAAUUAAAAAAAUUUUCUAAAAUUUCAUUUCUUCGUUCUUGAAUUUCAUUGUGUCUUUCAAGUGCUUCCCGAAGAAGUUUGAUUUCGUUGACACGGGCAGUCUCAAUUUCAGCCAGCUUCUUCCUCAAAUAAAACAUUCCACUCUUGGAAUCCAUUUUUGUGGAUUUUCUGCAAUUAAAAUAUAUUGCUAGUUUAAUUUUAUGUCUGUGAAAUUAAUAUAGAAAAGAAUACAGCUUAAACUUAACAUACGGAGU